GGUACGGACAAGUUGCAGUCGAGCUGUUGGCGUCCACUGAUUCCUUCACCCUGCAAAUGAAAACGGACGCCAAGAGGAACAGCGUCUUCCUUCCUGCCAACCCUCCCCUGCGUAUUGCAUUCUACCUGUGACUCAGCCCCAGGGCUAGACAACUCAGGUUUUAGAGAGUAAACCGGGAAGUGCUAGCCACCCGAUGUUCAAAAUGGAAAUCCCAGUUGUGCUGCUUAUUCUGGGGAUCCUUGCAUUUGCUGAUUCAGCAAGAGGCCCACCCAGAAUUGCUGAUAAAGUAAUCCACCGGCAAUCUGUAAGAUUAGGAAGAACAAUUAAGCUUCUCUGUCCAGUAGAAGGUGAUCCGCCACCUCUUACUAUGUGGAUGAAAGAUGGACGGACCAUCCACAGUGGAUGGACAAGGUUCCGCGUCCUCCAGCAAGGCCUGAAAAUUAAGGAAGUGGAAAGUGAAGAUGCAGGUACAUACAUCUGCAAGGCCACCAAUGGUUUUGGCAGCAUGAAUGUGAACUAUACCCUCAUUGUGAUCGAUGAUGCCAGUUCAGGAAGGGAGAGUUUGGGACCUGAAAAUCCUAACACUGAAUCAGAAGAUCAUUCUGGGAAGCUGUGGGCUCGACCAAGAUUUACGCAGCCUGCUAAGAUGAGACAACGUGUGAUAGCCCGUCCUGUGGGGAGUUCAAUCCGCCUGAAAUGCGUGGCCAGUGGGAACCCACGGCCAGACAUCAGCUGGCUAAAAGACAACAAGCCUCUCACAUCACGGGAGAUUGGCGAGAACAAAAGGAAGAGAUGGACACUGAAUUUGAAGAACCUGAAGCCCGAGGACAGUGGGAAAUACACCUGUCGUGUUUUCAACAGAAUGGGAGAAAUCAACGCCACCUACAAAGUUGAAGUGAUCCAGAGAACACGAUCCAAGCCAAUUCUUACCGGAACACACCCUGUGAACACAACUGUAGACUAUGGAGGAACAACCUCAUUCCAGUGUAAGGUGAGGAGUGAUGUGAAACCUGUGAUCCAGUGGCUGAAGAGAGUGGAAUAUGGCACAGAGAACAGAUACAAUUCCACCAUUGAUGUUGGCGGGCAGAAGUUUGUGGUACUGCCCACCGGGGACGUUUGGUCUCGUCCUGAUGGCUCCUAUCUGAACAAACUUAUGAUCACACGAGCUAAGGAAGAAGAUGCUGGCAUGUACAUCUGCCUAGGUGCAAACACUAUGGGAUAUAGCUUCCGAAGUGCAUUUCUCACCGUGUUGCCAGAUCCCAAGCCCCCCAGCCAACCAAUGGCCCCUUCUGCCAGCAGUCUACCAUGGCCUGUAAUCAUUGGGAUCCCAGCUGGAGCUGUCUUCAUCUUUGGGACAAUCAUCCUCUGGCUCUGCCAAACCAAGAAGAAGCCAUGUUCGCCUCCAGCUGCAACUCCAGGACACAGGACCCAGCCUCGGGACCGGGUCUGCACAGCCCAGGUCUCCGAUAAAGACUGUUUGUCCUCCAUCAACUAUGAGGAAUAUGUAGCCCAGCAGCAGCACUUGCUGACCCAAGGGCCAGUCCUGGCUCCAAACACGGCUUCCAAAAUGUACCCAAAGAUUUAUACAGACAUCCACACUCACACCCAUUCACAUGUGGAAGGCAAAGUACACCAGCACCAGCACAUUCACUACCCAUGUUAAAAGGUCGCCCUUUUAGAACGUUGUGAUACUGCGUCCAGAUAUCUUUGCAUCAGCUUAGACUGCCAGGGUGUGCGGGAAAUAACCCAGCCCAAAGAAACAAACCAGUCGUUUGUCAGGGUGUGUUGUUACUGUGACCAGGAGUAAUGAAGGAAUUCCCAAUUGGCAAGGUUGCUUCUUUAGAAGCUCACUCAUCUGGUUGUGACACCAAGAGGAAAGCUGCUUCUGAUCCUUGCUAACAUGCAAGGCCAAGAGGGUUCACCCCAGCCCCGUCUCCUUCUGAGGGAAGCAGCACCAUGCCAAAGUGCCAACGGAAGAGGGGAGCAUUUGAGUGGCCUUACAAAGAAGAUGGAUGGAUGGGUGUGUGGGGUGCGUGCGUGUGUGGGUGCGUUUCAAGUUGUGAAGCAGAGAAAUCCUGCCUUAUAGUUAGCAAUAACCAAGCUCAUCAAGCUGAUCUCUCUUUCGCUAGAGGCCUUCCUGCAAACCUUGGAACUAUAGCUUCCCUUUCCCCCAGCUGCCCCCAAAACGAACAAUGUACAGCUCAAGUUUAUAUUUAUAUUUAAUUAUAAUAAUGAUUAUAAGAAUUGGAACUGCUGAUUUUUUUAGAAUCUCUGUCAGGGAUGUCUGCGGGGGAGGGGGGUCACAAAAGUCAAGAUAGUAGCCAAGAUGGUAGCCUUUAAAAGGAUGAGGCUCUGAUUGCCUGCUUAAGGCUACCAUCUUGAUUUUUUUACCCUCCCCCCCCACAUGACACCCCUGCCUAGUAUUCUCUCCUUAUCUGAGGUGUAAAUCUCAUCAUCAGAUUUUCAUGGAUUAUAGCAGAAAACCUCUUCAUGAGAGCACAAAUAAAGUGUUUAAAAGUGAAA